AUGGUCCAUCAAGAAGGUCGUGGAGACAAGGGGACUGCUUUGAUGGAAAGAAUUUCUACAGCUACCUACGAUGCUUGCAGGAGCCAGCGGUUGAAAUUGGAAGGGUUCCCUGAUGUCCAGCCACUCUUGCUGGAGAUGCAAAAGACUUCCGGGGCCGGAGAGAACUCCCCAGCAAUUGAUGGGUCUUCCUUCAAAGUGACAGUUCAACAGCCUGGGGGUGCACUGGUAGUCAAGGAACAGUUCUUUGAACAGUUUGAUGAAGUGGAAGAGUUCAGUGCGAUUGUGGAACAGCACAAUAAGUCCUACAACCCCGACAACAUUCGUUUGAAGGAAAGUGUUGUGACCACUCCGAAGCCAGAAAUCUUGAAGACUCAGCUGGUUUCCUCGGAUGAGCCCCUGACGGGCGCAAGCCUGACUUCCUUGCCGAAUGUGUCCACUUUGCAAGUGAACAGCCAAGUGUGCCUGAUCUGUGAUCAGUCUGGGGAGAAGAUUUACGCCAUGGCAGAGGAGCAGUGCACACUGCUUUCAAUGAGGGAACUUUGCAGCUUUGGCUCAGGGACUUGGUGUGACGGACCGGACGCAAAGGAACUUCAGCAAUCCGACAACAAAUGGUUGGCAUGCAGCAUGACCCUCGAUUCCCACAUCAUCUUAGAGAAAAAGCACUUGUUGCAGCAUUUGCAGAACUUGUCUUGCUUAGAGAAGCCAGCUACAUUGCGUGAAGUGUUGACCCUCCUAGAGGACGCUGGAGAGGCAACGGUGCCACAAGGAAUUUUCAUGUCAGAAUCUGACUGA